AUGUCGAGCCCUGUUGCACACAGGGCCGUGCUGGAAGUCUUCGAAGCCCAAAUUCCGCAAGCGGCACCGCAGACAGGAAGCGAGGAGGGACUCUCAACAGGUAUCAUGGUGGCCAUCCUUGCGAGUGGCUUGUUCACGUUUGUGGUGCUGGCGCUGGUCUCCGCAUACUGGGUGCGGAAGAAGUUCUACAGCAUCAAGCCAUCGAAGGUGGCAAAUUCCGAUAUGUCAGGAAAGGAGGGCAAGGAGGGAAUGCAGGCGGCCGUCGAUCCCCACAUGCUGCAGUACUACGAGUCCUACUACCAGUCGCUGGGAUAUCCGCCAGGAACUGCGACGCAGAUGCUUGGCGGCGCUGCCCAGCAGCAGCAUCAGAUGGCUUUGCCAGCGCCUAUGAUGCCAGGGGCCAUGAUGCAGGCGGCCGCACCAGCCACGCUGGCUUUGCAGGAUGCAUCAGCUGCAUGGGGCCAGCAGAGGCAAGU